CCGAAAUAAGGUCAAGGAACUUUUGCUUCGUGGUCGUUUUCGAGAAGGAAUCACCGACGGAGUUUUCGAUUUUACUCGCUGUUUUUCAUGAUAGUUUGAUCUAAAUUGUUUGAAAACCAAUCGACAAAAAUGGCAAUGAAUCUCUUUAGAUCCAGAGUGCUGCUGACAAGUCCACGCCUGAUGAGCAGUGCAUUUCUCAAGUCGCCAUACCAAGCCAAUUCACCUGCCAUGCUGAACACAUUUCACACCACCCAACACAACAACAGUGCUGGCUUACUUCCAUCCAAGCACUGGAAUGCUGAGAGAGUUUUAUCCGUCGGUCUGAUAGGGAUCAUCCCUGCUGCUUUCCUCAUUCAGAACCCAGCAUUAGACUAUGCCCUCGCUGCAAGCCUUGUGUUACAUGGUCAUUGGGGAAUGGAGCAGGUCUUCUUGGAUUACAUCCAUGGCGAGACGAUGUCAAAGGUCGCAAAUGCCUCCCUCACCGCCAUCUCGGCAUUAUCUUUUGCCGGUCUCUGCUACUUCAACUAUAACGAUGUCGGACUCACCAAAGCAGUCAUGAUGCUGUGGUCAUAGUGGAAUACACCAAUAAUAACUGUAAAUGCUUCUCGUAUAUUAGAUGAUAUGGAUUUCCUAAAUUUACCCAUUAGUUAACUGUGCUCUGUCUAGCCAGGUGCAGAUUCCCAGUUUCUAUUUUCUUAACAAUUUACUUGCAUCUUUUGAGCAAUACUAUCACUUGGAAGGGGGUUAGACCCAGCAAAUAUUGGGUAACCCUUACUAUGUCUUAUUCAUCAGUCACUCACCCAUCAACUUUACUCAUAUUCUGUCUGACAACUGCUCACAGAACAGAAUGGAGUGAUACGCAGUGGAUAUAUUUUCUGAAUUGGGUGGUGUUUUCCUUCUUUUGUUCAUAUCUCAUGAUACUUUAUUCCGAAUCUAUCUACUAAUUUUGCAACUUAACACAAGGGAAACUUUUUUUGUUAUUUCAUGGGGUGAGUUUCCCUUUGCCCCUAUUGCAUUAUUUUUGCUUUACUUUAAAUUUUCAACAGACUCUUGCAGCAAGGUAGAAAAAAAAGGAAUUUGCAAUGCCAGGUUUUUAAGAGAAUUUUCUUGUUAAAUCUGAAAUAGUUAUUUCAAGGAUAAAAUAAAAUCUAAAGUCUACUCAAUUUAUUUUGGAAUAAUGCAUCUAUGUUUUGCUCUCUCCCUCUCUUUACAAUCAAACAUUUAUGUGUUACCUUUUUUGUGUCAACAAUAGUGUUAUGAGUGUGUUUUCAUGGAACCUUGUAAUCUGCUUUGUUAACAUUCAGUAUAAAAGAUCCAAAGACUGUUUUUUUAUGGGAAAUAUAUAUGAAUGUGUUUAAAAGGUCCUUUCACAUACUGCUAACUAUUGCUACUCUGAGGGAAUACCUUAUAUGACAUGUAUUCUAAUUAAUUCCUUUUCUGGUUUAUAGGCUUUUUAUAAGCAGUGCUAGUCCUUUGAUACUUGGAUGUAUACACAUUAAAUUUGCAGCCAUCUAACAUUAUCAAAAUGAUUUGAAAUUCCACUUCAAUAUGCAAGAACCGUCCAUUGAAAACGAUUAAACUGAACCUCACUGAAGCUGACUGAAUUUUUACACAGCAAUAUGUGAAAGGGUCAUGCAUGUAGAUGUUACAACAUUUUGGCAAUGCCAAGAUAUUUCCUGCAUUCAAGAUUGACGUCUUUACAACAAAUAAAAAUAUUCCAAAAUGUUGCCACUUUCAAGCUUUCAGGAAUUAUAGGCAAAUGAUGACAAUACUCUGCCGAUUUCUGCUACGAAAAACCAAACCACUCUGGUUAUGUGUUCAAUAUUUGCUUUUCAAAGUCGUAAAUUUUGAUUGAUUACGUAUGUCCUUGGAUCUUCAGUUCAUUGUUUUCAAUUCAUGACACACAUACGUGUUCUCAUGUUCAAGUCUAAAAUUGAGGGGCACUACUAUAAUGUUCAUGAUGUUUGCUAGUUCUGUAUUCCCCCUCAUACGAUUAUGUCUAUUUACACACGUAUCCACUCAAAUCUGAGAAUGAUUCAAUUCAGCACUUUUUGAGUUGAAUUAGAUUUCAUAACUGUAAGUGAUCCCCACCCCUACCCCCUACCCCGAGCUAAAUACAUAAAUAUGCAAAAGUAAAGUUUUUAGAGACCACAUACAUGUGUUCGAAUUGGGAAAAUUUUUACUUAGGAAAUCAUAAACAGCAGAUGUUGCUCUUGUAUUUUUUUUUUUGGGGGGGGGGCAUUAGCUGCUCAGAUAAUGUUUUGACAUGCAUGGACACUUGAUUUAUGGGAAGUUGUCUUAUGCACAUUUACCUGUGGAAGCCCUAGUCUGCAGUAUUGUGUUUCAUUGCAAAAUGGAAAAUUAUGAAUAUUGUAAUGAUUUACUUAGAAAAUCAACUUUCUGCAAUGACAGAAUGAAGCCGAACAUUUAUGUGACAUACGCAAUUUCAUGAUUAUUAUUAGAGUUUUAAUGUGAAUAAUGAGUUGGAAAAUUAAAAUCACUAAAUGUUCGGUGGUGUAUUGCAAAUGGUCAAAAGUAGCAUGCCAGCAGCAUUGGAGACAGUUGCCGACUGUACCUGGGAAAAUUAAUCAUAAAAAAAUUCAAAGUUUUUCCCCCAUAUGACAUAUCCCUUAUCAAAUAUGUAAUAACUCAUAUUGAUAAGUGAACAUGUAACCCACAUGAAACAUGUGAUAUAGAUCUGUAAAAAGUUGGCGCUAUCCUACUCCGGUAUUAUGUCUUCUAUUUGCUACUGCAUUUUAUAACUAUUUGUUUGCAUUCAUGUAUUUCAUGAUAUUAUAUGACACAGCUGAAACGCAAUAAAUAAUAUUACAGUAUUUACCUUCCCUCUUAUUAAAGAGUAAACAUUAAUAAAUGCUUUAUAUUAAUUUAACCUUCAAGCAGUUGAUAUACUUCGCAGAUAGAUAACACUACAUGGGCUAGAACUACUGUAGUUGGUUGACUAUUUGGUCCUAUUGCCAUUUGAUCAACACUACUCAUGAUUUGAUACCCAUGUAUACUAAAUUCUAAUGUAACCUAAUUCUCUGUUGUAAUUUCUUCUUUGACUACUUAUAAAUGUUUUACUUUCUUAGAUGAAAAUUUGAUUCAUAAACAGUUCAUCUACCUGUAUAGACUGAGUGUUCUGUUUUCUGAAGUCGGGGAUCAAUUUAACCCAGGCCUGCUUUAAUUCAAUUAAUCUGGGUAUAUGAUUACUUAUAAUAAUUUUUUAAUGGGGUUCCUAUAUUGCCAGGGCAUCAUAUUUGCUCAAUAUGUAUUAAAAAUGCUUUUACUUCAUGAUGUUGGGAUGCAGCUAAUAAAUGUAGGUUUAAGUCACCAUAUCAAAUUGAGCCCUAUGCCCAAGGUAAAUCUGGCAGGGGUCUAUGGGGAAUGCAUAGUGUACAGAAAUUAGAUUGUGAUCAACGUGACAAUAACAAAAUUAGAGAGAAAUGUAGUAUUUGAGUCUUUUGAUAUUAUCUGAAAAUCAAGCCUAUGAACCAUGGGGUGAGGCAUUUCUUAUCAAUUUAUUUUAUGAAUCUCAUUUACUGAUGUGUUGUACAGAAUGAAUCCACUGCCAAAUUAUGUGUUUGGCCCUCUAUCGGUGAUGUCAUUACGGUACUCUGGUCUAGUGUUCCCGCUUUCAGAAGAAUAAUCCAUGUAUGAAAAUGUGGUAUUUUUGUACAAGUACGUGUAAUCCAAAAUUAGAGGGCCGAAUUUCAAGGGUCAAUGCAAAAUUUGUCAUUGAGAAUGCGUGUUAUAUCAUGUGCGAGUUGGCAUUUAAAGUGAUUGGUUAACAUUGGUU